AUGAGUGGGAGUGGGAGUAUGAGUGAUGUGAGCCCAGUUGGAGAAGUCAAGUGGAUUGUGGCGUGUUGUGCUCUGCUUUUGAGCGAGGGGGAGAGAGGGAUUUUGAGGGGUGGCACAAGCACGCCCCUUGGCAGUGACAAUUCCCUGGGCUCUCUUGUGCUGUAUGAAGGAUGCCAUGCUGAGUAG